CCACCGCACCCAUGGCGGCCCCGGGGCUGCUCCUGGUGCUGGGGCUGCUCCUGACCCACAGCGGGAGCCCGGGACACGGCGCGGCCACGCCCGUCUGGUGCUUCACUCGAUUGGAGGAGGACGGAGAGGGCGGGGCCUGCGUGGAGCCGCUGGGGGAGGAGCCGCUGCCAUUGGCCGAUUGCUGCCUGAACCACGCCUACGGCUACAGGCUCCGCCCACACGGCCACUGCCGCAGCUGCCGUGCCGGGGCCUGGGGGCCGUGGGAGCCCUGGAGCAGCUGCUCGGUGUCGUGUGACGAGGGGACACAGAGGAGGGGACGCAGCCGCGGCCACGGCGGGGGACACGCAGGGGACAGCACCGAGUGGCAGCUGAGGGCGUGUGACAUGGGCUGCUGUCCUGACGCGGGGAUUUGGGGCCCGUGGUCCCCCUGGGGUCGCUGCUCUGUCACCUGCGGGCGGGGCGGGGCCCAGCGGCGCCACCGCAGCUGCUCCAGCCCCUCCCCCCAGUGCGGGGCCACCUGCGGGCCCGGCGACAGCGAGGACACGAGAGAGUGCGAGGGGACAGCGGGGACCUGCCCCGUGGCCGGCGCGUGGGGCCCGUGGGGGCCCUGGGGUCCGUGCUCGGGGUCCUGCCGGGGGGCGGGGCCGGGCCCGGGGCGGAGCCGCCGCCGCCGCUGCGAUUCCCCGGAGCCAUCGCGGGACCCGCCCGGAGCGCCGUGCCCCGGCAACGGCGCCGACAGCGAGCCCUGCCCGGGGCUGCCGCCCUGCCCCGUGGACGGCGCGUGGGGGGCGUGGUCUCCGGCCACGCCCUGCCCGGUCACGUGCGGCCUGGGCGGGGUCGUUCAGCGCCGCUCCUGCGACGCCCCCUCCCCAAAACACGGCGGGAGGGGCUGCGAGGGACCCCGGAGCCGGCGGGGGCUCUGCGGACCCCGCGACCCCUGCCCAGCCCCGGUGUUCUGGGGUCCCUGGGGUCCCUGGAGCCCCUGCCAGCGGCCCUGGGGUGACAUCAGCUGCAGCCGGGCCGUGGGGCAGCAGAAACGGACGCGGGACUGCGAGGGGCGUAGCCCGGGGGGCGCCGCCUGCCCCACGGACCAGGGGGGAUCCAUCGAGCUGCGCGCCUGCUACAGCGUCCAGAACUGCGUGUUGCGCGGGAACUGGUCAGACUGGAGCCCCUGGGGGCUCUGCACCCCCCCCUGCGGGGCCGAGCCCACCCGGAGCCGCAGCCGCGAGUGCCGGCCCAGCCUGCCCGACUACCCACGAAGGAGACUCUCGGUGACCUCGUGGGACCCCAAACCCGCCCGGAUUUACCCCAAAACCCCCCCGGCCCCUCCCCCCCAAUAAAAUCCCAGCAUCGAAACGGCUCCGAGCGAGUGGGGGAGGGGCGGGCACGGAAGGGGGGGGAUCCCGGUGGGGGAGGGGCCGCAUGCAAAUUUCCGCGAUGACGUCACGGACACCACCCCUCCAGGUUCCGCCCCUUUCUGCAGAACCAGGGGUGUGGCUGAUGUGACGUCACAUUACACCACGCCCACGACUUUAUAGGGCGUGGUCCUGGGCGUGGCCGGAAGUG